GGGUUUUAAUCCUCUCCAAAACGAGCGAAAGCAGAGAAAAAGCGGCUCAGACAUUUCCAUCAGCAUCAAUGGCGCCGAGCGGGAAGAAGCCGAGGACGACGAGCAGAAACCCCGAUCUGAUCCGUGGGAUCGGCAAAUACUCGCGGUCCAAGAUGUAUCACAAGCGGGGUCUGUGGGCCAUCAAGGCCAAGAACGGUGGAUCCUUUCCCCACCACGAUCCCAAGUCCAAGCCCGCCGCCCCCGAGGUAAAACCCCCCAAGUUCUACCCCGCCGAUGAUGUGAAGAAACCGAUUCCAAAUCACCGCAAGCCCAAGCCCACCAAGCUUAGGGCAAGCAUCACGCCUGGAACGGUUCUGAUAAUUCUGGCCGGUAGAUUCAUGGGAAAGCGGGUCGUUUUCCUCAAUCAGCUUUCGUCGGGUCUGCUUCUUGUUACUGGCCCGUUUAAGGUUAAUGGCGUCCCCCUGCGGCGUGUUAAUCAGGCUUACGUGAUUGCGACCUCUACCAAGGUUGAUAUUUCUGGUGUAGAUGUUCAAAAGUAUGAUGACAAAUAUUUUGCUAAGGAGACCAAGAGAAAGAAGAAGAAGGGAGAGGGUGAAUUUUUUGAGGCUGAGAAAGAGGAAACGAAGUCCCUUCCACAGGAGAAGAAGGAUGAUCAGAAGGCUGUGGAUGCCCAGCUGAUCAAGUGCAUUGAGGCAGUCCCAGAUUUGAAGGCUUACUUGGCUGCCAGGUUCUCUCUUAGGUCAGGCAUGAAACCACAUGAGCUUGUUUUCUAGACGAGACUCUACAGAAAUGUUAGGAUUAUUUCCCUGUCAGGAAUUUUGUUUGAUUUCAGUGAAAUGUUGCAGUACUAUUUCAGUUUUGAUUGGUGGCAGACCCCUUGAUUAUGUUUUUAUGUUACUCUUGCUUGCAAUAGAUUUCAUCUAAUAUUCUAUUAUAAGUUUGUGGAGAA